GGGCAAACCGCAAGACUGAAGGCCAUGUCCCACGAAAAGAGUUUCUUGGUGUCUGGCGACAACUACCCUCCCUCCAACCCAGGAUAUCCCGGGGGACCCCAGCCCCCCAUACCUCCCUAUGCUCAGCCUCCCUACCCCGGGGCCCCUUACCCCCAGCCCCCUUUCCAGCCCAACCCCUAUGGGCAUGCAGGGUAUCCCCAUGGCCCUGGCUCCUACCCGCAAGGGGGCUACCCCCAGGGCCCCUAUCCCCAAGGGGGCUACCCCCAGGGCCCUUAUCCCCAAGGGGGCUACCCCCAGGGUCCCUAUCCCCAAGAGGGUUACCCCCAGGGGCCAUAUCCACAGAGCCCCUUUCCCCCCAAUCCAUACGGACAGCCACAAGCCUUCCAGCCGCAGGACCCUGACUCACCUCACCGUGGGAACUAUCAGGAGGAGGGUCCCCCAUCCUACUAUGACAACCAGGACUUCCCGGCCACCAACUGGGAUGACAAGAGCAUCCGGCAGGCCUUCAUCCGCAAGUGGUGCUGACCCUGCAGCUGACGGUGACGCUGUCCACCGUGUCGGUGUUCACGUUUGUCGGGGAAGUGAAGGGCUUCGUCCGGAAGAAUGUCUGGACCUACUAUGUCUCCUACGCCGUCUUCUUCAUCUCGCUCAUCGUCCUCAGCUGUUGUGGGGACUUCCGGCGGAAGCACCCCUGGAACCUCGUUGCACUGUCGGUCCUGACCGUCAGCCUGUCCUACAUGGUAGGCAUGAUCGCCAGCUUCUACGACACCGAGGCAGUCAUCAUGGCCGUGGGCAUUACCACGGCGGUGUGCUUCACGGUGGUCGUCUUCUCCAUGCAGACCCGCUACGACUUCACCUCCUGCAUGGGCGUGCUCCUGGUCAGCAUGGUGGUGCUCUUCAUCUUUGCCAUCCUCUGCAUCUUCAUCCGGAACCGCAUCCUGGAGAUCGUGUACGCCUCACUGGGCGCUCUGCUCUUCACCUGCUUCCUGGCUGUGGACACCCAGCUGCUGCUGGGGAACAAGCAGCUGUCCCUAAGCCCUGAGGAGUACGUGUUUGCCGCCCUGAACCUGUACACGGAUAUCAUCAACAUCUUCCUGUACAUCCUCACCAUCAUCGGCCGCGCCAAGGAGUAGCCGAGCCCCGCCGCCGCGCCCUGCCUGGGUGCACGGUGGCCUGGACCCUGCCCUGGCAUGGCAGUGCCAUUGUACUCCCCCUCUUGUCCCUGGGUCCCUCCCUCCUGUGUGCGUAUGCUGCAGAUACUUACCUGUGGACCCACAGGGCCACAGCACGGCCCCUUUAACCUGCCCCCGGGUGGUGGGCUGUCCCUGUGUGCCCCCCGCCCACUCGCUGCAUGCGCCCUGUCUGACAGCCCGCUCCAGGGUCUAGGCCACAGCAGGUCCCGGGGAGAGGGGUCCAGCCAAGAGGUGAGGCUGCACGUCCCCCUGCCCCAGCUCCCCAGCCUGACACAGAGUGCCCCUGCCCCUCACACCCCACCCUGGAGUGCUGCCGUCCAUGCAGGCCGGGGUCUCAUCCCUACGCCGAGCCCUGCGGGUGGAGAGGACAGCAUGCUCCAGGGAGGAGGGUGCCUCCCCUCGUCCUGCUGUCACUAAUUCCAAUAAAUAGGGCCCUCUGCUCUGCCUCCUC